UGUGUGGAUUUCUGAACCCUGUGUUUAUCACUAGGUUGUGAGAAGAUAGAACACACCAUGGAGGCUUUCACAAAGUGAGUACCAAACUAAAGCUCCCUGCGUGUCAUGCUGGGUCGCUUGGAACUUAUGUCAGAUAUUUAUGUAUUUUACAUUUAUCUGCAGUGCCAUAGAGCAAGGCACACAUAUGCUGGAGCUGGACUGUCUCCUGACACACGAUGGCCAUGUUGUGGUGUCUCAUGAUGAGAAUCUGCUGAGGGAGACGGGCCACAAUGUCACUAUGUCGUCAGUUGAUCUACACGUAGGAGUGCAAGUCCUAUGACCCAGUGAGGUCAUGUGGACAUGAGAUCUCACGAGGACUAAAGUUCUUACCAGAUCUGUUUGUAGGAAAAGAUGAUCAGCCUUCUUUACUUGAUCCUGAUCCUUCCCAUCCUGGGCGGAUACACCCUCAUCUCCGAAUACCUGCUGAAAAACCCCCACAUUCUCCACAGGAGGAAACGCAUGGCUUUCUGCUGCAUGCACAUCUCCCACAGAGGAGGUUGUGGUGAGAAGAUAGAACACACCAUGGAGGCUUUCACAAAUGCUGUAGAGCAAGGCACACAUAUGCUGGAGCUGGACUGUCACCUGACACACGAUGGCCAUGUUGUGGUGUCUCAUGAUGAGAAUCUGCUGAGGGAGACGGGCCACAAUGUCACUAUCUCGUCAGUUGAUCUACAGGAUUUGCCUUUGUAUAAGGAGAGUCUCGAGGUGACAUUUUACGCAGGUCACUACAGCAGCGGUGCAGACAGAUCCAUUGCCCUGCUGGAAGAUGUGUUCAUAAAGUUCCCAGAGAUGCCCAUCAGCAUUGAGAUCAAAGAGAACAACACACAGCUGAUCCAAAAGGUGUCGGACUUGAUAAAACAUUACAACCGGGAACACAUCACUCUCUGGGCAUCAGUAAAAUCCAAAGUUAUGAAGACAUGUCGCAAAACGAACAGCUCCAUGCCGUACAGCUUCACUUUGAUCCGAGGUGUGCUGGUCCUGCUCCUGUACUACAUUGGCCUGCUUCCCUUUGUGCCACUGGGAGAAAGCGUACUCCAGUUCUACCUGCCACGGAUCUUCAACAGGACGUACAUACCUGAAGAAAGCAUUCUGAGGAACAGGCUGGUCGUCAUGCUGUUGGAAAAAAUAACAAUGAGGAAGAGUCUUUUUAAACACCUCGCAGCUCGUGGAAUUCAGGUGCAUUUGUUUGUGUGCAAUGAAGAGGAGGACAUAAAGGCUGCAUUUGACAUCGGGGCUACAGGGGUGAUGACUGACUAUCCAUCUGUUCUAUCCACCUACCUUUCCAGACAUAAACUUCAGAUUUGACCUGUCACAUCCAAGCAGAAACUGCAACUUAUAUAUUUUCUUCCUGACUGAAAGAGAAAAAUCCUGGGAAAGUAACAGCAAUCGAAUGCAGCAUGUCACCAGGAGGAGCAAGGAGUCCUACAAAUCCACUGUGUCUUUAGUCGACCAUGAUGAAAUCGGACAGAGGUGUUGGUCUCAAGCCCGGUACAGCAUCACUUGGAAACCAAAUGUCUUUUUUACACCUGACCUCCAGUAGCAUAAGAGGCCACAUGAUUCAAUAACUUAAAAAGCACAGUGACAUUCAGUGACAUUUUUUUAUGGGGGGGACCUCAUUACCUUUUGAGACAAAUCAGAUUCAAAAUAAUUACUGGUCUCUUUUUUCCUCUCUGUUCUGGCACUGCAAGAACCAGCCUUAUAACAUGAUAAAUUUCAGUGUUUCCACUAGGAUUUUUAUGAGCAGCUGAUUUUUAUUAAUAAUAUUUAUUAUUCCAAUGGCUGUACCUCGUAUAUGAAGAAAUUAAAUGUGGUAUACCAGAUGAAACAUGGAAUACGUAUGAUACU